AUGGUGGAUGUGAAGUGUCUGAGUGACGAUGAAUUACAGAACGAACUUGACAAGUUUGGAUUUUCACCUGGCCCAAUACUACCUUCCACCAGAAAAGUGUAUGAAAGGAAGUUAUUAGUGCAAUUGUUGGUCUCAACUCCCUGUGCAUCACCCGAGAUGAACGGACCCAGAGAACUGGACAGAGCUCAGGACUUUGAUGACAGUGAAGAGCUUAAUGCCACUAUCAUUUUGAAAGGAAAUAUCAUAUUCUCAUCAGAAAAAAGCAAGGGACCCAAAAAAAGACCCAAGGCUUCCACCAGUAAACCAAAAGCCCUAGAAGACUUCUGCCUGGAUUCUAAGCGUUCUAAGGGAAGAAGGUGUGCUGCGAGAGCAUCAGACGUCAGAUUCAAAGCAUGGAAUAACAUCAGAGAGAACGCCUGCUGCGUGGUGAACAGGAGAGCUGGGAGCAGGAACAUAGAAACGUUUCCAGUAGGCUUGAAACUUGCUGUGUUUGGCAUCUUCAUCACUGUGAUAUUUGUCUACAUAACUGUGGAAGGGAAGCCACUCUUUGGUUAA